AUGUUUAUUAACUUUAAAGGAAAAAUUGAACCAUUCUUUAACCAUGUUUUUAUUAAACGACAACAAGCUGCAUUUUUUGAAAAAAUGAAAAUUAUUUCAAAUGAUGAAAUUAUUUGUAUACAGAUGGAUUUUAGUGAGAAUUUUCGUUUAUGUAUGCAAAAUGCUGUUCAAAAUUCUUAUUAUUCUCAAGAUGCUGUAUCUUUAUUUACUACUUAUGUGUGGUAUGCAGGUGGUGGUGGUGGUGAAUCUUUCGUGUACAUUUCUAACAACUUAACACAUGAUAAAUACUGUGUCAAUGCUUCAAUUGAUAAUUUACUCGAACAAUUAACCCAACGAUUUCAACAUCUACAACAAGUUCAUAUAUUUUCGGAUGGAUCAAGCCAGCAGUUGAAACAGAAAUUUUUGUUUCGAAAUGUUUGUCGUUUGUCACAACAACAUAAGGUAAACAGUGAUAUUGAUUUUUAG